CUUGAUGGUUUAUGGGCCUUGAAUGGAUUUGCUACACUGGAGGAGAAAGUAUUUCAUUUAGUGGAAUCACAACUAGAUCUAGUCGCUUUACACGGAAAUGAUAAAACAAAACAUGGGAAGGUACCGCAGAAAAAAGAUGCACAAGGGAGACAAACCACUAAAAGAGAAAUAUAGAACAAAGAGACGAACUCGUGAUUUAGAUCAGAUCCACAAUGAUAUGAAAAGUCCAGACUCUUUGUUAAAGCAGGACGUUGACCUGGACAAACCAGGGGCUGCACAGUUUUAUUGUUUGACUUGUGCGAAAUAUUUUAUAAAUGACAAAUCCCUGACAGACCACUUUAAGAGCAAGCCCCACAAAAGAAGGUUGAAGGCACUUGAAACAGAACCCUACACGCAGGAGGAGGCAGACAGGGCUGCAGGGAUGGGAUCAUAUGUUGCACCAAAGAAAGUCACAGUCCUACAGCAGAGUAAACCAAGCACAGAAGCAGAAAUGGCACCUGUAGACACUUGACGCAUAGAUCUCUACGUGGGGAGGGGGGCUUGUUAUGCUUGUGUAUAAUGUACUUGUAUAUGAAAAUGUCCUUAAAGUUCAUCUUAUGCUUUUGUCAAGAGAAUAUUUUAUGUAGGUUUAAGUUGCACACAAUUUUCAACAAUAAUUUCUAUGUACAUUCUACAUUUUUACCAGUAUUUAUAAAUACUUUUAAAUAUUUGUGCAGACAUUUCAAAAUACUUCAGGUUGAUGGCCAUUGACUGUUGAAGAUUUUCCUUCUUUGUAAAUAUUUGGUAACAUUAUUAUUACCGUCACUUCUUUUCUUUCAAGUCAAACCUAACUUGAAGUUAAUUCAGUCAUAAUAAGGUACAAAAAAACUAAUUAAAAGAGAAUUGUUUAAGUUGUGUGCAUGUGGAGCUAGCUAUAAGUACAAAAACAGCAGUUUGCAUACUUUUUGACUUUGGUUUCAUAUGGCUGUUCCCCAUUGUCAGUGAGUAAUUAAAAAACAGCAUUCAUAUCAGCUGUUCCCUAUUGUCAGGGAGUAAUUAAAAUAAAGCAUAUGAAAAAUAUCACAAGAAGC